CUUACUUAGAAUUUAUAAUUACCAGAUCACUAAGGAAAUGAGGAGCCAGAGGCUAGAUACUGUAGAAGAAAAUGGAAAAAUGAGUCUUUCCUUUAGCAAGCUCUUUGAAACUGCCUUACAUCCACCCAUUCAACCAUCAUCCCAUUAACGUAACCUUUGUUUUACUGAAUCCUCUUCUUCAGUCACACCACCUCUAUUGUUCCAUUUAUGACUAGUCAACUUGAGUGUAUGUGUAUUGAUAUUAAUUGGCUUGAAAGUACCAAAAGUUUGCAAAAUGUCAGCCACAAUUUUUUUUAAAUUUUAUUAUGGUAAUGUAUAUAUAAAACAAAAAUUUGCCAUUAUAACCAUUUUAAAUGUACAAUUCAGUGGUGUUAAUUACAUUCAGUAUGUUGUGCAACCAUCACCACCAUCUGUUUCCAAAGCUUUUUCAUCAUCCUAAAUUGAAACUCUGUACCCAUUAAGCAAUAACUCCUCGUUCCUUCUUCCCCCAAGCCUCUCCAACCUACUUUCUGUCUCCGAAUCUGCCUAUUCUAGACAUAUCAUAAAAGUGGUAUCAUACAAUAUUUGUUCUUUUAUGUCUGGCCCAUUUCAAGCAGCAUAAUGUUUUCUGGGUUCAUCAUGUUGUAGCAUGUAUCAGAACUUCAUCCCUUUUAAUGGCUGAAUAAUAUUAUACCAUUGUAUGUAUGCACCACAUUUUGUUUUAUCUGUUCUUUUGUUGAUGGACACUUGGGUGGUUUUCUUCUUUUGGCCAUUGUGAAUAAUGCUGCUACUAACGUCAGUGUACAAUUAUCUGUUUGAGUCCCUGCUUUCAGCUCUAUUGGAUAUAUACCGAGAGUAAUUGCUGGAUCACAUGGUAAGUCUAUAUUUGACUUUCUGAAGAAUCAUCAAACUUUUUCACAGUGACUGUGCCAUUUUGCAUUCCCACCAACAAUCCACAAGGGUUCCAAUUUCUCCAUAUCCUCAGAAGCACUUGUUAUUUUCUGUUUUUUUCCCCAAUAAUAGCCAUUUUAUGGGGUAUAAAGUUUUAUCUCAUAGAGUAUCCACAGUUAGUUUUGUUGUGUGGCAGUUAUAUCUCCCCAAAAAGCUUGGUGAGAAAAGAAAUUUGGUAGGCAUCAAACUUGGGAAUUAAAUUUAUAUGACAAAUUGUCAAGUAACAUGAAAAGAGUUAUUGAAAGUCAUUAAAAAGUUUUAUCUUUAGUCAUACUAAAACAAUAGAAUUAUGGGGUUUUGGCAAGUUUAGGGGGUUCCACACCUAUCUAAAACCAUAAUUUGGCACUUCAGUGCUUAUUUGGAAGGUUUGUAAGAAAUUCCUAGCAGGAUAAUCUGGGAAAGCCACUAGAUAAAUAUACAUGCAAUAUUUGUUUUGCACAAAGUCUUAUUUCUCUCUUUAUUGUUUCCCUGUUUUGAUUCCUUCAAUUCUUUCCUCGAUGUUUUGCUGCUUGAGAAUGAAAAAGGUGGAGAGAAGUGAAAAUAGCACUGCCUCUGAUUCAUGGUACCACUGGGAGUUUCAGCCCCAAGGGGGAGACCAAGCUGAAAAUUUCCUCGGCCAAGACAGCUCUGAUGAUAAUCACAGUGGAACUCAUGGCCCUUGCCUCCCGUUUGAUUAUCUGGAUGAGGGAAUAGAAGACAUCGUAAGAGGAGCUCAAGAGCUUGACAACGUCAUCAAACAGGGAUAUUUGGAGAAAAAAAGCAAAGAUCAUAGUUUCUUUGGAUCGGAGUGGCAGAAGCGGUGGUGUGUUGUCAGCAGAGGCCUCUUCUACUAUUACGCUAAUGAGAAAAGCAAGCAGCCCAAAGGGACCUUUCUCAUUAAGGGAUACAGUGUACGGAUGGCCCCCCACCUGCGAAGAGAUGCCAAGAAAGAAUCCUGCUUUGAACUGACCUCCCAGGAUAGGCGCAGCUAUGAGUUCACAGCUACUAAUCCAUCUGAAGCCAGAGACUGGGUGGAUCAAAUAAGUUUCUUGCUGAAGGAUCUGAGCUCCCUAACCAUUCCCUGUGAAGAGGAGGAAGAGGAAGAAGAAGAGGAAGAAGAGAUGUACGAUGACAUUGAUGAUUUUGACUCCCCAAAUUCCGGUUCCCAGUGCAGACCCAUUAUCUUGCCUGGGAGUAUGGGGAUAAAAGAGCUUGUAGAGGAAAAAGAGGAAGAAGAUAUUUAUGAAGUCUUACCAGACGAAGAGCGCGGUCUCGAAGAGGAUGAGCGUGGCACGCAACAGAAAGGCGUGGACUAUGCCAGUUAUUACCAGGGCCUAUGGGAUUGCCACGGUGACCAGCCAGAUGAACUGUCCUUCCAGCGGGGGGACCUCAUCCACAUUCUGAGCAAGGAAUAUAACAUGUAUGGCUGGUGGGUAGGAGAACUGAACAGUCUUGUUGGGAUUGUCCCAAAGGAGUACCUCACCACUGCCUUUGAAAUGGAAGAAAGAUGAAGCCCAGGACACAUAUUAUUCUCUCUGUCCUGCCUGUAUGAAGAAGCUGAUCAUCAAGAGACCCCGCCUCUUACCCCACCACCCCACCAACAUCAUGGACCCUCUCUUUACUGAAGAGACCCAAGUGACAUUUGUAGUGACUGUAACCACCAAUAAGGCAAGUGGGAAUAGGAACAUUCAUUUAACUCUUUACUAAACCAGCCUUGUCACAGUUCCUCCUCACCUCUAAAUGUGUCCACACAUCUACUUCUGCCUUUUCCUCAGGCUUGUCAGAGACAGAGAGACAGAAAGAGAGACAGAGAGAGACACACACACAGACACAGAGACAUAGAGACACAGAGACAGAGAGACACAGAGGCAGAGACUCUUGGAGAAGGAAGGUGCUGGUUGUUUGACUGGUUUGAAAAGCACAAAUAAACUUCAGAUUUGGAUCCUUGCUGUGUCUGAUGGUGUUGAGUUUCUUUUUGUAAAAGGUUAUCAGAAUGCCAGCUCUGGGCAUUCUCACCACUUCCAAAAUAGGAAAGGAUGGCAAGGGAGAAACAGUUCAAACAGAGAAGAGGACGUGCAGUUUCUUUCAGGGGCAGAAGCAUCUCUGGAGUCCAGGUCUGCCUUGUUCCUGGUCAGC